CUCUCUCAAAUCAAUCAAUCAAUCUUUAAAGAAAUAAAAUAAAUGGAGGGGAGGAGACAGCCUCUGGAGAAGAAGCAAAUGAGUAUGAUCUUUGGCAUCCUUGUCUGUUGGAGAGUCAGACAGUGGAAAGUCUGCUCCGUUGGUGCUUCCAACUUAGAAAAAGUCAGUUGCCAAGGAAGACCACCUGUCAGCCACAGGAAAGAGGAGUGUCUGUUUUCCAAGUUCUUCAAACUGCACCAUCAGAAAACUGAGGAGAAAACAGUAACACUGUUCCUCCUUUGCCAAGAAGAAAUUGAUAUACAGGCAGAUUAAGAUAAUUGUCAAACUCAAACAGUCAAGACAUGAAAGAAGCCUAACUUGGAUCCAAAUCCAACAGCAAGUUUUACGGAGUUUUUGGAUCCAUUCCAGAGAGUCAUCCAGCCAGAAGAGAUCUGGCUCUAUAAAAAUCCUUUGGUGCAAUCAGACAACAUACCUACCCGCCUCAUGUUUGCAAUUUCUUUCCUCACACCCCUGGCUGUUAUUUGUGUGGUGAAAAUUAUCCGGCGAACAGACAAGACUGAAAUUAAGGAAGCCUUCUUAGCGGUGUCCUUGGCUCUUGCUCUGAAUGGCGUCUGCACAAACACUAUUAAGUUAAUAGUGGGAAGACCUCGCCCCGAUUUCUUUUACCGCUGCUUUCCAGAUGGAGUGAUGAACUCAGAAAUGCACUGCACGGGGGACCCAGAUCUGGUGUCUGAGGGCCGCAAAAGCUUCCCCAGCAUCCAUUCCUCCUUUGCCUUUUCUGGCCUCGGCUUCACGACGUUCUACUUGGCGGGCAAGCUGCACUGCUUCACCGAGAGCGGGCGGGGGAAGAGUUGGCGGCUCUGUGCCGCCAUCUUGCCCCUGUACUGCGCCAUGAUGAUUGCCCUGUCCCGUAUGUGUGACUACAAGCACCACUGGCAAGGCCCGCCUGUCUCCUGCCUGCUCUUCUGUCAGCACAGGCCCGACAGGCUGUGUGUAGGAUUUCAUCAAAAUAACAAUAACCCACUUGAGGCACCUGAUGACUGUCUCCCUCAUAAAAUUCUUUUGUUGGUGGAGUCAUUGGCCUCAUUUUUGCAUAUAUUUGCUACAGACAGCACUACCCUCCUUUGGCCAACACAGCUUGUCACAAACCCUACGUCAGCCUCCGGGUCCCGACGUCGCUGAAGAAAGACGAGCGGCCCACAGCUGACAGCGUGCCCAGCAUGCCCCUGGAAGGUAUCACCGAAGGCCCUGUAUGACUAGGGCCUCAGGAGGAUGGACGCUGAGCCCAGGGCACGCUCUUCCACCCCGGCAUCAUAACACAGUAGAAGAGGUUUUCUGUAGUGUGUUUCUCGUCGGUUGUUUCUCAAAGUUAUCCUUCUGCUUCCAUUUUGCUGAUGGUAUUCCUGCUACUUUAAAUGUGUCUUCUCAACUUUCUUGAAUUUGCAAAGGAAGGACGCAGGAAGAAUCUCGGAGAGACAUAUGGAAGGAGGCCGCAAGGACAGGGCAGGUGUAACUUGGUCCGUUCCUUUACCUGAAAUGUUCACUGUUAACAGCCACCGUCCUGUGUUUUCAUGGUCGUAAAACAUAAUAAAGCCUCCCACCUGGUGUUGGCUGUCCAGGGCAGCAGAAGUCCUUCGGAGACGCGGUGUGUGUUACAGCCGAGGCCAGGGUGGGGAGUCGGUCCAAAGCCAGCUCUGUUUGUAGAU